AAUACUUUCAGUGCGCGAAAUACACAAAUAUCUGCAUUUUAGUUUACUAGAAAUAUACAUACAUUUUAUUUCUUUUAAUGUAAUUAAAUAAAAAAUUAAUAUUCGGAAUAUACAGACGAAUAAUGGCUGCCAUGUGGGCAAUGCAAACAAUGUGUCGUUUGUGCAUGGCGGGUGAUAACAAGCUAAAGGAAACUAUCGUACCCAAUAACAUUAGUAUUAAGGAGGAGAAAUUUCCUGAAAUGGUAUCAAUCUAUAGUAUACCCCGUCAACAAAAUAUUUCUGUAGCCAUAGUGCAAAUAAUAAAACAAACUAUACCGAAACUGCACGUUGCUGAUAAUUUACUACCAAAAUUAGUUUGUACGGCUUGUCUCCGAAAGCUAAUGGAUUUAUAUAAAUUCCAAGAGAAAUGUUUGCAGUCAGAGCAAAAAUAUAAAAAAUUGCUAACCGAAGAAAGUCAAAAAGAUCCUUUGGAUAAGAGUGAAUUUUUGUCAAACAUGAAAGAAAUUGAUGAGAUUGUUGUAAAAAUGGAUUUAGAUGAGAAACUUUUGAACGACAGCAAUUUAAAGGAUUCGGAAAUUGAUGAUAUUAUCAGUAUUAUCAGCGAUAUUAAAGAUGAGGAUAUACAAACUUGCAGUGAUAUAAGCGUGGAUUUCGUUUGGACUGAUAGCAACAGUGAAAGUAGUGAUAGUGAUUGGGCAACAGAUGAUAAAAAGAAUAAAAGCAAAGCGAAGACAAAAAUCGCAACAAAGAUAAAUAAAAAAGAUGAUAAAACAAAGCCAACAGAAUGUCUCGAAAUUAGUAGUGAAACAAUUACAGAGCAACAAUUUCCUUGCGAGUUUUGUAAGAAGUUAUAUAAAACGAAGGAUACACUUCGCAAGCACCAUCGCUUGCAUCAUGGUACUGGAAAAGACAAGCGUGUUACUUGCAAUAUAUGUAAAAAAGAACUUAAACCCUACAGCUUUAAGGAACACAUGCAGCUUCAUAGCGAUAGAAAACCAUAUUUAUGCUCGGAAUGUGGUAAAUCUUUUAGCUCGUCUAGUACAUUACGUCAGCAUUUAUUGCGCCAUAAAGCCGACCGACAAUACCACUGCUCCUAUUGUCCCAGAAAGUUUCCCUGUAAAAGUGAUUUAUUAUCACAUAGCCAAAUACACCAAGCGAAGCCCAAAUCUCAUAUUUGUGAUGUAUGCGGCAGUGGUUUCAGUAAGCCGUAUUUGCUAAAGAAGCACAAAAUGUAUCACAAUAAUGAACGACCCUUUACAUGUGAAUAUUGUGGUAAAAGUUUCUUUACCGCUGAGAAGUUGAGACGGCACACGCGUACCCAUACCGGCGAGAAACCAUACCGCUGUAGUUACUGCGAAAAAGCUUAUUGUCAAUCGAACGAGUUAAUGAAACACUUGCGCCUACAUUUAGGAGAAAAUGUCUAUCAGUGUGAACUAUGCCCACUAAGACUGCCAAAUGUUAAAAUUUUACGCGAACAUUUCGCCAGUCAUAAGGAUGAUGAUGACGAGACACGGGAACGAAAUUUAUUAGCUUUAAAAUCAUUGGAAAUGAAAGGAAUUUAUUCGAAAUGAGUUUUUUUUAAGAGAUAUAAUAAAAUAUGUUAUAUAGUUAAAAAAAAAGAAAAAAUUUCCAAUAAGUGUCUCUCAUUCAGAAUGCGACUUAAAUAUGAAAGAAAUUUAUACGAGUUUAGAUAAUUUGACAAAUUCCAAGAAAAAUUAUCAGCGAAAUUAUUUGCCGUUAUGGAUAUCGCUUAGAAUCGAUGCUCUUUUAGAUGCAGACAAUUAAAUAAUUAGUUAAAUUAUAUAAAUUAUUGCAAGAGCUUUUACUAAUAUUGACAAUUUAAAGUUUUUUCGAACAUUAUUUAAAAAAUUAUACUAUAAUAAUCGUGUUCUGGCAUUGUCACCGGUAACUAGUCACAAGAGAAAAUUAUGUGCUUUCUUGUCAUAGCAUUUAUGAUUUUGAAUCAAUUUAAUAUCCCGGAGAAGUGUAUAUGUAUAUAGUUGCUUUAUUAUAAGAUAAAUAAGUUGUUAAAAGUCAGGAAGAAGCCAAGCAAAAACAUAUCUUUUGACUUUUUAACUAUUUACAAUGCUACUUAGAAUAUAAUUGAUUGUAAGAAUACUGAACACCACUGUUGUUGUUAAAUUUAAGAGAGAGAAAUCUUAUCGUACGGAAUUAAACAGUAGAAUUUACGGGUGAGUAAAGAGAAUUUACUGAUGAAUUUAAUAACUUAUC